UAAAACUGACUGAACCCACAGAGCAAUCUCGUGUCUCGUUUGGACAACACUGGAAGAAAGGACGUUUCCCUUUCUCUGCUCUCUCCACUUCCCUCUUCACAGCCACAGCCUGGCCUGGGACUUGAUCUCAGGUUGCCAGGGCAGCUAAAGCAUAACUUAGCCCUCCAUGGAUCUGCCUUACUACCAUGGCCAGCUGACCAAGAGAGAGUGUGAAACCCUGCUCCUCAAGGGAGGGCUGGAUGGCAACUUUCUGAUAAGAGACAGCGAGUCCGUGCCAGGAGUCCUGUGCCUCUGUGUCUCGUUUAAAAAGUUUGUCUACACCUACCGAAUCUUCAGAGAGAAACAUGGAUAUUACAAGAUACAGACGGCGGAAGGCGUUCCAAGACAGAUCUUUCCAAACCUAGAAGAAUUAGUCUCCAAAUAUGAGAAGCCGGGCCAAGGACUGGUGGUUCACCUUUCAAAGCCAAUAAUGAGAAACAGCUUCUGCCAGAGAGGGAGAAGAGCGAAGUCAGAGCCGAAUGUUUACGAGAACACUGACAAGGACUAUGUGGAUAUCUUGCCUUGAGGACAAGGACAUGGGACAAAAACAAGCUAGACGAGAGAUGGCUGGGCUCUCAGUGUCCAUCUAAAUCGCCAAUUUCUAGCAGGUCUCUGAGACCCUCCUGAUCUGGGUAGUGGGAUCUUCUCUACUACAACCUUGGAGAAGUCACUUUCUGCAUGCCUGCCUUCUGGCACACUCACAAGAAGCUACAAAGCCACCACUCACCUGUCACUCUCCUGUCUUGGAAUUGGACAGCCAGAAUCCAGUCUUCUGACUGGUCAGAGGCACCGCCACUGGACCCCGGUUGAUGGCAUCUAAGGACAAUUGGAAGGACAGCUUCAUAGAGAGGAGAGAAUACUCGGCAGUCUGUGACUUUGGACAACACACCCUCUCUAGUGUGGUUGAGUGGUUGAUACACACUAACCUGGACCCUCUCUUGAGCCUGGUUGUCCCAGGUGGAGCUGGGGUCUGAGCAGAGGAAUCAAGGUCUAAGAAUACUGAAGAAGCAAACAUGUCCUCCACCUGUGCAGGUCUUGGUCCUGAUGAGGGCUGUGACCCAUCCAUGUUUCCUUUCCCUUCAGUUUGAGCUAGUCCCUUCUUUUCUUUCUAAGGCUGGCUUUCUGCCAGACAUUCCUAUGGCCACAGUUUUUCCUAAUUCUACAUAUGCAGCAAUCACUUUACCAGCUCUGCCUUCUGAUAAACAUGAUAAAAAUAUUUAUUUUAUUAUUAUUUUUGGUUAGCAUACAGAGAAAUGGGUUUCAUUUCAAUCUUUUUGUACCCUAUAAAUCAUUAUACUCUGGGGUUUUUGUUUGUUGUUGUCUCUCUCUCUCUCUCUCUCUCUCUCUCUCUUUUUUUCUGAGACAGAAUC